AUGGCUGAUGUAAGCCAUCUCCAUCUCCGCGGUGGUUUUGAUGUAAUCGCGAUCACUAUCUCUAUGUCACAGAAAUGGAUUCGUGGACCCAUUUGUGGCGUCGACAACUGCAGAUCGCAACUAUAUAGGUCUAGCGAUGGGCUCAAGGUGUGCCAAUAUGGCCACGUUAUGGAAGGAAAUAUCGAGAUCAACGAUGAUCAAGAUGAAAAUUAUGUCGCUACUAGACGCUUAAACAUUAAUUUGACAGGAUUAGGAGGUGAGUUUGCCAGUCUGAGUAAUGCAGCAGCAAUGCAGUCGCGAGGCAUCACGAAAAAUAAGGAUUCGAAAAAAUUGUAUGGAGUACAUGCGAAAAAAUUGUACCUUCGAUGUUUCCAAUUAUCACUUCAACACAAAAUAAAGGCAAUAGUAACUGAAACCUGCCCCCAGCAGCAGCAGAAAGAAUUUGAGCACUCGUUGGUUGCAAUUGUCAAAGUAUACUGGGCUCGAAUCCUCAUCGAUUAUAUGCCACAUAUCAAUGGUAAUGAUCGCAAAGCUCCAUCGGCCAUCGAUGCCCUUGCCAUAAUAUACUUGGCAAUUCUUCGACUAAAUCACAUCCUGGUCUAUCUCGUUGACUUGAUUCCCAAGAUCAAUGAUAAUACAAUUCCAUAUAUGAGGUCGCUACAUUUGCUUCCAAAAGAAAUGGUAGUAGCCCUUCCGUCAUAUUAUCACAAAUCCAUUCAGCCACCAUUCCCUGUAACGAUUAGCGAGUUAUUGCGUUCAAUUCGAACAAUUGCAUCUAAAGUUGGCCAAGAAGAAUUGACUAUUCCAAAGUCGUAUUACUAUUCACUUGUGUUUCUGAUCAUGAGGGAUUCGUUGCUUCUUCCAAAUACUCCAACUCUUUUCUGCCUUUGCAUUGAUAUUGCCAAAUCAAUAGAUUUCGGUAAAAUCAACCCAGUCGCCAAAACUCCCGACUUAUAUUUUCCUGAAACUGUUGUGCUAUCUCUUGUUAUUUUGAUCGUUCUGAAUACGUUACGAGACCUGCCAUUCAGCACAGAAAAAUGGCUAUCUGCAUUGGAUGAGCAUGAACAAAAUUCUGAAUUUCCAUUCGCUCAUAAAGACAUUGAAGAUACAGACCUCUUAAAGUGGUCUGACUUUAAAGUUGAAAAGUAUUGUCAAUGGCUCUACAACAAUAUAGUUCCCGCCAAAAACAAAAUUGGAGCUAGUGGAACUUACAGCGACGAGCUUUCCAUAGCCGAUAAACGACUUUUUCAGAUUUUCAGUGACGAUACUGAUACUUCCAACUAUCCAGUUCCAAAACUAGACACACAACAGGAUUCAGAUCCUACAUUGCGAACAGCGACUGAACUAGUACGAGAGGUUGCCAAUUCGGUUCCCAAAAAAUCACCUGGCGUAAUCAAGACUGUUGCACCUCGAUUACUUUUAAAGUUUGCAACCGCACUAGGUUCCGAUGUGACGCUGAUGAAAGAUGUGUAUAACUACACGGUGACUCUUUUGAAAAGAAACAUAUGA